AUGACUUAUGAGUUUUUCGAGAGUAUUGUGCCUAAAGUAGAAAGUAGUAAUUUAAUAGACUUCGAACAUCAGGACAGGUCAAAUCAAAGAGAAAGAACAGAUCAAUUUGAUUUAAAAAGUUUUCUUGUAAAUUUCACGAAAGAAAUUAAACAAUCAGUUGACGACAAUAAGACUUACUGGGAUGAAAAAAUUGAUAACAUUUUGUUGCAAGUCCAAGCAGUCAAUACCCAAGUGGGUGAGCUUUCGAACAGAGUUGGCAGUGUUGAGGAAAAAAUUGAAUCUGUGGAAGCAAAAGUAAAUGAAAUUGAUGCUAAAUUGAGCGGUGAAAUUAAUACUGUAAAAAAUGAGUUACUGGUAGAUAGGGAACGAAAUUUAAUGUAUUUUAAUGAGAUAAAAGGGGAUAUAAAAAAUUUGGAUGAGAAUACAAAAAGUUUGACAAUCAAAGGUAAUGGUCAAAAUUGGGGAAAUGACAACUUUCAAAAAAGGGAACAAAACAAUUAUCAUGGCGUCAGUCAAAAUUCAGGGGGAUAUAACAGUUUUGAAAAGAAGGACCAUAAAUUUUAUCCAAAACAAGAAAAACAUUUUCACAUUAAUAAUCAACAAAAUAGAGAACACUUUAGGGAUCAAAAUCACAGAAAUUUUGAUAGAGGUCCGUACAAUAGGAACUACCAACAAUCAGAGACAUUGGCAGAAUCACAAUCACCAGUUCAUACAGGAACCGGAAAUAAAAAACGAGUAGACGCCCCCUUGAAGGUCCGCAAGGUUGAGGCAGAAGGUGAGCAUGAUGAAAGGACCAAUGGAUGUGACUAUCAUAAACCCAAACAUGACAGUUCCAAACCUAAGCUAUCACAUGAGGUUAUUAGUUGUUACUUAUUGAAAAAAUUUCAAGAGGAAAAUAAUAUUGAUAAAGAUAAAAUUUUCAGUACACAAGAACAUACAGUAGAUAAAAGUAAUUGUGAUUCAUUUAAUUUAACAGAGUUUUACACUCGGGCAGAAAAGAACAACACUUUGUCAGAUGAUGUAAUUUGUAGUAGUUCAGAGAUGUGUGUGAAUGAAAGAGAGAAUGCAUGCUGUGAGAAUGAAAAUGUUGGUGAAAGGGAUCUGGUAACUUUAGAAAGGGGAAAUAAUAUUUUGGGGAAUAAUUUGAAUGUUUUAAAUAGGGAAUUGGGUAUAUACAUGGUUGAAAAUGGAUUAAAUAGUGAGAAUAUUAUAGAAAUUCCCAGGGAUGUUACCAGGAUGAAUAAAGCUCACAAGCUGGAUGUAUGUGAAAGUGUGAAUUUUGAUGUUGUUGAUAAAGAAUCUCACUACACAAAUGACAAUGACACAUGUAUAACUUGUAACCUAAGUGAAACUUUUACAGAUACUAAUGAUACACACACAUUUCUUAUGAAUAUAUGGCUCAACAGUGAAACUAUUUCUUUUGACAAGAACUUUAGAAAGAUGCUUAUUAAUGUAUGUGAAACUGUAUGUCCUGAGUGGUGGAAAAAGAUGAGAUAUUUUAUUUUUGAAAAGCUGAAGGAUAAGUACUUCAAUAGUAUACAAUGUGAUUUGGAUGAAAAUUCUUGGCUAUUUGAGAUAAUAGAGAGUACUCAUGACAAUUUUGUGUCUUGUGCAAAUUUUAUAACUGUGACAAAUAAUACAUGUAAUGAUAUGCCAUAUGAUUCUGAUAAGUAUAGUCACAUAUUAAUUGAAACUGAUGAAAAACACUGUUCUAACAAAGAAUGA